UCCUCCCCCAUGCCGGGGGCCGAACCCAGGCUCCUGAAUCUCGUUCCCCUCUGCCCAUCCUCCUGUGCUCUCUCCUUUCUCUCUGUCAAUGGCACCUGCCCAGCUCCCCAAACUCCAUCUCAAGCGCUGGGGUUCGGGGGAGGGGGGGCAUUGGUCCAAUCCUUCACAGCCUUGUUGGGUCCUGGUUUGGUUUCGUUUCGGGGUGUCACCGGGUUUCAACUUCCCUCAUGUCGAAAAUCCCCCUUCUCGCUCCUGACACUAAAAUCACACCCCCUUUGCCCCAGGCCCGUCUGGGAACCUACAACAACGCCUGCCGAUCCCGGUUCGCUUCCCGCUUCAGCCUCCUGAUCUCGCCUGGCCCAUUCGAAGCCCCCCAGCCUGAACAUCAAAACCCUGGAAGCCCAAUGGGCCAAGAAAUCCCAGCCCGCCACGGUCAAAGAUCCCAGUCCAGGCAAGUCCUGUCUCGGGAAAGACCCAGGGCCAGGAGGAUCCGCCACUGCCCUUAAAACGAGCGGAUCCCGGAAUGAAUUUUUCAUGAAAGGGUUUCCCAGACGGUUUAGCAGCCGCAAGUUGCUCUCGGCAAAGGCGAAACUCUCCGGCCGGCGUUCAAUGGGACCAGUGGGUCAGAAACGACCUUCAAAUCCACGCAGGGUUUCACAAGCUGCGGGAUUCCUCUCCAGCCAGAUUUGGCCAGUGAGUGGGGUUAUUGUUUGUUUAAUUGAUUCCCCCACCCCAGCGCCCCACGAUUCUUACGGAGAAAUCCCACCUCCCACUUCCCAGACCCCAAACGCUCCUGGACUGCCCAGCCUCGGGGCCCCAAGGAAAACCCAUCCCGCCCGGCCCGAGGGGCGAACUCGCCAGCGUUGGGUCUCAAGUCCCUUUCCCAUCCCAAACCGAUUUCCAAUGCCACAUCUUUCCCAGCCUCCCCAAUGCAUCCGAUGAAGUGAAAUGUAGCCCACGAAAGCUUAUGCUCAAAUACAUUUGUUAGUCUCUAAGGUGCCACAAGUCCCUCCUUUUCUUUUUGCGAAUACAGACUAACACGGCUGCUACUCUGAAACAUUUCUAACCCAAAUCCACCUUGCCCUACAUGCCGGCACACAAAGAACCUGGCUGGGCAUUUGACAAAUAAAUCGCAGUGUGGAGACAUUUCUCGCUUUCCUCACUGCGCAAAGCGGCUCGGGAAAAGGACCCUGAUUUCUCUCUCUCUCUUUUUUUUCCUCGAGAAGCGACUGUGUCUCUGAUCAGUCCUGACAGGGAAGCGGAGAGGCCGAGCCAACUGCGCUGCAAAAUAUUCUUGUCUUCAAGCAACCUUGCUGGCUGGCUCUGCGGAUUUAUUUGUGUGCACGCUACUCAUUGGGGAGGAUUUUAGACCUGAAUCCUGACUCCACAUCUUCUUUAAAGUCCAGACUCCAGAUACUAGCCUCUGUGUGUGUGUGUGUGUAUGUGUGUGUGCGCGCCUCUGUCUCUCUUUCUCUUCUCCAGUAUUUCCCAUUCACCACUUCUCUUCUCCUGCCCCUCCUCCUUUCUGCUUACUCCCAUUCUCUGUCCUCAUCUCUGGAGUUACUCAAUGCCGAACCUUCAAAAAAAAAGAGAAAGAAAAGAAGAAGAAGAAGAAAAAAAAAUCUCACCAAAGACAAGGAGUCAAGGGGGGGCUUUCAAAUGAAUUCCUUCCCCCUCCCUCCUUUCCUUGUGUCUUACAACAGUGUGUCCUCCCCGCUCAGGAGAUCAGACCAGAAAGACACACACAAGAGAAGUGGAGGCAAAUUUUCUGUGUGUGUGUGAAUAGAUGUAUUUUUCGCCAAGGCUGCAGAUGGCAUUAGGAUCUUGAAGAAAAAACAACACACACACACACACACACAAAACACCCCCCCCCAACUUUCCAGUUCUGGCAUGAAAAAUCCAGGCGGGGGGGGGGAAAUCCAUAAAACUUUACCCAGCCUAGGGCUUGCAGAGGGGGGCAAAGUCUAAGAGUUUGGGAGCCUCUUGAUUUUUGUGAGUAUGUGUGUGUGAGAGAGAGACUCUCAAGAAGAAAACACAGAGGAGGGGUAAAAAAAAUCCCCUUUCCUUUGCAAUCAUGGCAUUGAGGACUUCAUUGCUUGGACUCUAUAUAGGGUUACUGUUUUCCUUGCUGGAACUGUGGAUUAUAUCGGGUGUUAGCUUGGAGCCUAUAUACUGGAAUACAGCAAACAAAAAGUUCCAGGCGGAGGGCGGCUAUGUCCUGUACCCGCAGAUCGGCGAUCGGCUGGACCUGAUCUGCCCACGCUCCCGCCCGCCGGGCCCCUUCUCGGCGGAGGAAUACGAGUAUUACAAGCUGUACCUGGUGCCGGGCGAGCAGGCCCGGGGGUGCGAGAUCCUGCGGGCCCCCAACCUGCUGCUGACGUGCGACCGGCCCGAGCACGACGUGCGGUUCACCAUCAAGUUCCAGGAGUUCAGCCCCAACCUGUGGGGCCACGAAUUCAAGAGCAACCAGGACUACUACAUCAUCACCACGUCAGACGGCACCAAGGAGGGGCUGGAGAACCUGAAGGGCGGCGCUUGCCUGUCUAAGGGGAUGAAAGUCGUCCUGAAAGUGGGGCAGCAUCCCGGCACGGCUUCCAAGUCCCAGAAAUCGGGGUCGGAAACGCCGCCCGAGAAGGAGCGGGGGACGCUGGGCGGAGCGGAGCCCAGCAAGGCAAGCGACGCAGGUGCUGGGAACGCGACGGGCCCGGCAGGGGGCGCGAACGGGCUCUUGCCCCAGUCCAACGUGCCCGUGGUGGCCGGGGCGGCGGGGGGCGCCGCUUUCGUGGCCCUGGUCGCGGCGGGCGUGAUGGGGGCCGUGUGCUGGCGCCGGCGGCGGGCCAAGCAGAGCGAUACCCACCUCCCGCCUCUCUCGCUCAGCAGCCUGACCAGCCCCAAGCGGGGGGCCAGCGCGGGCGGGAACAACAACGGGUCAGAGCCCAGCGACAUCAUCAUCCCGCUACGGACGUCGGAUGGGGCCUUCUGCCCCCACUACGAGAAAGUGAGCGGGGACUAUGGGCACCCCGUCUACAUCGUCCAGGAGAUGCCCCCCCAGAGCCCCGCCAACAUCUACUACAAAGUGUGAGGGGGAAGGGGGGCCCGGGCCCACCCCGGUGCUGGCUAUGGACUUAUGCCUCCCCCUCCAAUACGGACAGCCCCCCGCCCUGACGCUGACGAAGAUGGAUGUCCCCCACCCCCGAUUCUUCCUUGUCAGUGCCGGGGGCUCUUUACACAGGGUUAAAGCAGAGGGGGGACCCUGUACUCUGGCACUGACAAGGUUAAUGGGGGCCAAGGGGGUCCCUGCGCCAUUCUCCUCUCUGGCUCAGUUGUUGGGGGGGGACUUGGAGCAGGUCCCUUCUCCCAGCUCCGCUCCCCACAUCCCUACAAUCCCAUCCAGGCCAGGUCCUGCCUCCCCCCACCUCAGCUCCACCAGAGGCGCGGGGGAGAUGAGGUCAGAGGGGUAGGUCAGGAGCAGCUGUGUUAUGUCUCGGGGUGGGGUGGUGGGAGAUCGGCCCUCUUUAGGAGAUUCCCCCCGGUCCUAAGGACUGGUGGGGGCAGUUUUAUCUCCCGCCCUCCCUUCCAGUCCCUGUUCACGUGGAGUGGGGGAUGGGAUUUGAGGGAGGGGCAAAAAUUUGGUUAUUUUAACCAUUGGGGGCCCCCGGGACCUCGUCUAUGUCGCUGUUUGAAAAUGUGACUCAACAAAAUGACUGCCCCCCCCGAUCAGAGGGACGUUUUUGCCUGUUGGGGGGCCAGGUACGGAGGUACGGGAGUGGACUCGUCAUUUUACAAAAAAACCUCCCCCCCGAUUCAGCAAAAAGCGAACUUGAAGCCACAAGAAGUGACAUGUAGCCCGCCAGGAAAUGAGGCGGAGGAAGAGACUCCAGCGAGGGUGGGACUUCCUGUUUUUAGAUGGGGACUUCCUCUUUCGGGUGGGACUUCCUGUUUCGGGCCCAGAAAUGGCUCCAAGGUGAACAAGAAGGGGAGGGGGUGGGAUCUUUGCGGGCUUUAAUGACGUUUUUUGACCUGGGAAUUUCUUAGCUUUUGUUGGUGGAAUUUACUGUCCGAUCACGUGCAUUAUAGAAGUUCUUGUGCAUCCAUCUGGCCACCGUUCAUUAUUUCGUACCUGUCUCUCCCCCGCCCCCUUUUCCCUCGUGAGUUCACGAGGAGGCCCCUGUCAGGGGCGGGGUUACACUUCUCCUGUGUAGAGGCCUCGUCUCCUGGGAAAUCAUUUUCUUCUACAAGGUGU